GUCGGCGUAACGUUAGCGGCUAACUGCUAAGAAUAAUGCUGACUAAAUAAGUUGGACACAGCUGCUUUAUGUCGCUGCUGGGUUUUUUUUUUAAUCCCACAGAGACUAUAGUUAUAUCUGAAAUCGGCGUUUGUUGUGUGUUUUUUAUUUUAACAGAAGCUAUUAAAUACCGUGAUAAUGCCAGCACAGACCUAGCUUGCUAACGUUAGCUACCUGUCGAAGUUAGCGUUGGCCACGUAAUGUAGGAGCUAUCCUGAAAGCAUCGUUUGAUACUUGUUUUUAUUAUUAUUAUUAUGACAUUCCACAGAGGCCGCAAUCAUGUCGCACAGGAACAGCACAGAGAGGUGGGACGAGCCAAUCCAGGAGGUUGUCAUUAUAGAAGACGAAUUGUCCCAUGUUAACCCCACUGAAGUGGUUGUGAUAGUUGAACCAGCAGAAAUGACAGUCCAAAAGGAGAUGGACACUAAUGAGCAGGAAGAAACCCCAGACGCUGAUGGUGGUUUUUAUUGUGAGGAGUGCCUGACUCUUUUCCGAGACCAGAGUGAUCUCACACCGAUUAAAGGCCCAUGUUUUAUUCUUGAUUUUCCCACGACUAUGGGCGUGCCCCAGCGGGCCCUCCUCACUUUACCCAAUGGCCUGAUGAUCGGCAGGUCUAGUAUUCCCAGUGCAGGAGUCGGGGUCAUAAAUCAUGGAGCCAAACUGUGUCCUGGAAUGCAUUUUGGACCAUAUGAGGGAGAGUUGACGACAAAGCAGAAUGCUGUUACAAGUUUCUUCUCAUGGGAGAUUUACAACGGAAAUCAUGAAUACAAGUACAUUGAUGGUGUGAGAGAAUCACACUCAAACUGGAUGAGGUAUGUGAAUUGUGCUCGCAAUGAAGAUGAGAAAAAUUUGCUGGCAGUCCAAUACAAUGGUAACAUUGUUUAUCAUUGCUGUCGCACUAUACACCCUGGAGAUGAGCUCAUGGUGUGGCCGAGCAGCAAAUUGGUGGCUCGUCUUAGUGAUGCUUGGAAUCAGAUCUGGGUUAUGAAGAUGCAUUCAAUAGAGAAUAAUCCAGCUGCACCAGAUCAGAGCUUUCUGUGCUCCCAGUGUCAGCUGUCCUUCACCACACGAGCCUACCUUCAGCGACACACAGAGUACUUCCACAUCUGUCCAACUCCUGUCCAACCUAAAGAUGACUCUGUGCCCGCUGCUGAAGAACCUGAAAGUUGGCCACCAGAUUCUGAUGCAGAUCAAUCCGCAGUUACUGCUCCAGAAAUGACCUCAGAUGGCAUUGAGUCCAAUACCUGCUCUGACUGUGGCAAGAGUUUCAAGCAGAUGCCUCACCUUCAGAGGCACAAGCACUGCGUUCACUCAAACAAGCGCCCGUACUGCUGUACACAGUGCAGGCGGAGUUUUAGCCAGGCUUCUGGUCUGCUCAGGCAUCAACUGGUUCACAAAAAACAGGCUCAAAUAAAAGAGAUGGUGGCAACUCGAAACAAAAUCCUGAGUGAGGAGUCCGAGGGCGUGCAGUCCAAAUCAGAACUCUGUGAUGCUUUGAAUCUUGCUGGAACUGAGGAGUUGCCUCAAACAAAGGAAGUUAAUGUUCCGGUAAGUGAGCAUUUGGAUGCAGGUGAAAUUGAAACUGCGAAUGCCUCGAAACAAAACUCUGAAACAUCACAGCUGUUGGAUGCAAAGUCAAAGUACUGCUCAGACUGUGGUAAGAGCUUUACAAAUGAGGCAUACCUGAAAAAACAUAAGGCUGUGGUGCAUCAAAACGUACGGCCAUACGUCUGCACUCUGUGUCAGAAGGGCUUUGGCCAGCAUCAUGACUUGGCUAGACACCUGCGACGUCACCAAAAAGAGAGCCAAAAGAGUGACAGAAACCCCGAUCAGGAAGUUGGAGCAACCAGCACACUUGCUGUUCGCUGUGGCGAGUGUUCAAUCAUAUUUUCCUCAGUGGAUGCCUUUGACAAGCACAUGAGUGACCAACACUCAGAGGAGACUCUUGCUGAGGAUCCAGUACCUGCUGAUGAUGGUGAUCCAGACUUCAUCCCUCGACACUCAGAGGCCAAAACACGCAAAUCAGCCCGAAAGUCUCCUCAAAGGCCUCAACGUCUUACUGCAAAAUCUAAAAUUUCUGCCAUAACUAAGCUCAUGGCUCCAAAAAGGUCAAGCACCAGCGCCGCUCAAUCGGAGGACGGCGCCGAACCAGGAACAUCUGCCAGAAAUGUUAAGUCCAAAUACAAAUGGUACAGUUGUAGCCGCUGCAAGCAUACGUACAGAAGCCCAGGUGAACUCAAAGCACACAAGUGUCCUUUGAAGCAGCUUAAGUGUGGUCAGUGUGGGGCGACGUUUAGUAAAACGGGCUUUCUGAAGAGGCAUGAGCUGAUGGUACACGUCAACGCAAAAUCUUUUGUCUGUGAGCGCUGUGGCAAGGUGUUCGCCAAGGCCAGCAACCUGAAGCAGCACCAGAAGACCAACACUUGCGAAAAGUAUCAUUGUGCAUCUGAGCUUUUCUCGUGUACAUUUUGUCCAUUUUCUUUCACCCUGAAGAGCUACCUCAUUAAGCACAUCAAGAGGCACCACCCCGUUGAGUAUCUGACGCACUCCAAGUCCGACAGCCUGUUUGAGCUGCCGGAGGAAGAGCUUCAGCAGUACAUGUGCCCCCAUUGUGGGAAGAGCUGCAACAGCGCCAAGAAUCUCAAAAUGCACACGUGCUUGGAGCAGGUGAAGAUUGUGUACUUAUGCACCAACUGCGGGAAGGGCUUCACAAGUCACUACGGCCUGAAGCAGCACCAGCGUGUUCACACAGGUGAGAGGCCAUACAGCUGCCCUCAGUGCAACAAAAGCUUCUCGCACAGCGGCCAGCUCAACGUGCACAUGAGGACUCACACCGGGGAGAAACCGUACCUGUGCACCCACUGCGGGGACAGCUUUCGCCAGUCGGGAGAUCUGAAACGGCACGAGAGGAAGCACACGGGCGUGAGGCCGCACAGCUGCCCGCAGUGCGGCAAAAGCUUCAGUCGCCCGCAGAGCCUCAAAGCUCACCAGAUGCUCCACCUCGGACAGAAGCUGUUCAAAUGCACCCAGUGUGGGAAAAGCUUCUCCAGAAACUACCAUCUCAGGAGCCACCAUCAGAAGAUGCACUCGUAAUCAGGAUGUUCUUCCAUUUGCACUUAUUGAGAUAUUUUAAGUGCAAAGUAUUUUGUUUUGUACAGUUUUGUUCUGUAAAACUUCACCUUCUGCCCAUUUGAAAUUGUAAAAAAAAUAAUAAACCUAUUGCUCCGUUUUUUUUCUGCAAUGAUCAAAAUAGUGUGCUAACAGCCGUUUUUGAAUUAAAAACAAACAGCCGUCACUGUCGACCAUUUAUUCCACAAAAACAUACAAUCAAAGCAUGUGCACUGUAAAAGCCUUAUUAUGAAAAUACUCAUAACAUGCCUGUUUUUAAUUCAUUAAUCUUGUUUUUUUUUUUUUCUGCUACUCCAGAUCAACUUGUUUAAAAU